AAACCCGUCGAGCUGGAGUCGGCCCUCGCCCGCCCUAUGAACCUUGCUUACUACCGGCCUGGGUCUACUCCUGCUCAACAAGCUGCUUCGCUCGCUUUUGGCAUAAUUAUGAAUCACCCUUUCGUGGAUGGCAAUAAGAGGACCGCUUUCUGGGCAGCGCACGAAUACCUCAUUGCCACUACCGGAAACGGGUUCACUAGGCAACAUCUUUCUGCAGCUUCUUCUAAUGCUCUGAUGGAAAUCAUCGGUAACGCGCAUGAAGCCAUUGCCACUGGAACCAUGGAAGAAAGCCAGCUCGCCGAGGUCUACGCUCGAAUU